AUCUCGCGCCUGCGCCUUUGGACUGUCAGUCGGAGGCGGCGUGGGGAGUGCUAGGAGCAGCAGCAGCGAGCCAGGAGCCGAGUUUGUAAACAUGGAAUUUCAAGCAGUGGUCAUGGCAGUUGGAGGGGGAUCCCGGAUGACAGAUCUGACUUCCAGCAUUCCCAAACCUCUGCUUCCAGUGGGGAACAAACCUUUAAUUUGGUACCCACUGAACCUGCUUGAGCGUGUUGGAUUUGAAGAAGUCAUUGUUGUUACAACCAGAGAUGUCCAAAAGGCUCUGUCUGCAGAAUUCAAGAUGAAAAUGAAGCUAGAUAUUGUGUGUAUUCCUGAUGAAGCCGACAAGGGAACUGCAGAUUCUCUGCGCCACAUAUAUCCAAAACUUAAGACAGAUGUUCUGGUCCUGAGCUGUGAUCUAAUAACAGAUGUUGCCUUACACGAGGUUGUGGACCUGUUCAGAGCUCAUGAUGCAUCACUUGCCAUGUUAAUGAGGAAAGGUCAAGAUGGCUUAGAACCAGUUCCAGGUCAAAAGGGGAAAAAAAAAGCAGUGGAGCAGCGUGACUUCAUUGGAGUGGACAGCACAGGAAAGAGGCUGCUCUUUAUGGUUAAUGAAGCGGACUUGGAUGAAGAGCUGGUCAUUAAGGGAUCCAUCCUGCAGAAGCACCCUAGAAUACGUUUCCACACAGGCCUCGUGGACGCCCAUCUCUACUGCAUGAAAAAAUACGUUGUGGACUUCCUUAUGGAAAAUGAGUCAAUCACUUCCAUCCGGAGUGAACUGAUUCCGUACCUAGUAAGAAAACAGUUUUCCUCAGCUUCCUCACAACAAGGACAAGAAGAAAAAGAGGAGGACCUAAAGAAAAAGGAGCUAAAGCCCUUAGAUAUUUACAGUUUUAUAAAAGAGGACAACACACUGACCUUUACUCCCUAUGAUGGCUGCUGGAAUGCCUGUCGAGGAGACAAGGGGGAAGACUUGUCCAGGUCACAGGUGCGCUGCUAUGUCCAUAUCAUGAAAGAAGGGCUCUGCCUUCGACUGAGCACCCUGGGACUCUACAUAGAAGCAAACAGACAGGUGCCCAAAUUGCUACCUGUUCUCUGUCCCGAGGAAUCACUGGUCCACUCAUCAGCCCAGAUUGUCAACAAACACUUGGUUGGAGCUGACUGCCUCAUCGGGCCGGAUGCCCGGGUUGGAGAGAAAUCAUCCAUUAAGUGCUCGGUCAUCGGUUCAUCCUGUGUCAUCAGAGACAGAGUGACUAUCACCAACUGCCUUCUUAUGAACUCAGUCACUGUGGAGGAAGGAUGCAACAUCUGGGGUAGUGUCAUCUGCAACAACGCUGUGAUCGAGAAGGGAGCAGACAUCAAGGACUGCCUAAUUGGAAAUGGCCAGAGGAUUGAAGCCAAAGCCAAACGAGUGAAUGAGGUGAUCGUGGGAAAUGACCAGCUCAUGGAAAUCUGAGUUCUGAGCAAGUCAGACGCCUUCCUCUUGGCCCCCAGAACCACAGGUGUCGGCUGGCCCAUCUGUUGGACUCUGUAUUUAUUUCCCAAUAAAGAAGGGCUCCCAAAGGCAUGCUGGAGACUACGGAGUAGUGCCACACCCCAUGUCAGGGGGCCUCCAGGGAGACGUACUGUGUGUCCAUCAGUCACGUGGUAACACCAUCUAGAUCCAAUGUGGGGGACAAACUAGGACGCAGUGGCCUACCUCCCGUGUACCGAAGUUACUGGGCGCGGGCAGCGGCUGUCCAAUGGUAAAGCUCCUCAUAGGGCAACUUUCAGCCUGGCUGGUCUAGCCCUAGUCCAUAAAAGCAUAUCCCACCUGGAAGGAUCUGAAAGUACUUCAGUCCCUGGCCCAUAAGCCUACCACUGGCAGUGCCACCUCUGCAUGUCAUGCUCCCUGUGCUGCUACCGGUUUGGGGCAGCCUGGCCCUGAGCCUCAGCCUGGGACUUAAUGCUCUGCCUCUAUACCUGCCACACUGAUCCCCGGCCCCUGCCAUCACCCCACCCCAGCCUCACCCUCUAACUCCUGCCAUCCUCCCCCACCCUCCCAGUCUGUAGCCGCUUUCUGUGGUUCAACUACUGCCCCUCGGAGACUCUUAAAGCAAGCAGAAGGCAGCCCUUCCCUGGCCAUCAAGUAUAUCCUCACCGGCUUUAGUGGAGCAAGAGCAAUAAAAGAAAGCGAUGAUCUGA